AUGAAGCUUUUAACAAAAGAAGAGAAGGAUGCACACUUACAACACGUCAUUUCCGAAGGUGCAAAAGGUUUGGUAUACGGAGCUGUUGUUUCAGCUGGUAUCUUUUCAUACUUGAAGUACAGGAAACCAGCGAGGUUUGCUACAUUCACCGGUUCCAUCAAGGCUGCCAUCUUGGCCAUGCCAACCAUCUCUAUUGCGGCAUUUUGGGCAGACCAAGGUUCAUGGGAGUUUGACCAAAUGAUGCACCAGUCCGAUUACCAACAAGAACAAGUGCUUAAGGAAUACCGUGAAUACAACAAAUUAUCUUUGUCUGACAAGAUUUUUACACAAUUGAACAACCACAAGUAUCAAAUCAUCAUUAGUGCUUGGGCCGCUUCCUUGUACGGUUCAUGGGUUCUUGUCAAUAGAGACAAAAUCAUGACCACCGCACAAAAGGCUGUGCAAGCAAGAAUGUAUGCCCAAGGUAUCACCAUCAUCUUAUUGUUAGGAACUAUUCUUUUGGCAAUGAGAGAAGAAGAGAUCAACAAGAAAAAACCAAAGCCACUCCCAGAAUGGAGACAAAUUGUCAAUGAAAGAGAAGCUGAAUUGAAGCGUUUGGAAAAUGAAAAAGACGCCAAGGCAUUUAAUGAAAAGGCGGAGAAGUUACAAAAUGCCCCAUCAGCCAUAUUGGAAGAGCUUAAAAAGUAG